UCUGUAAGCAGCCGAAAGUGGGGCGGCGUGAAAGUCAAAUUAGCUGACUUAGUUUUAAUCGAACAGUUUGACGUUACUUAUUUUUGCUGUUUAUUACUCGCUAAUAGCAUGGAUAACACGCAGGGAAAUGCUGUUGAGCUCCACGGAGAUGAAGAAAUUAUUGAAGUAAUCGAUCUCAACGACACAGAGCCUGGACCAGAUGAUUUAGCUGAUGACUUGGAGGAUGUUGACUUUGAGGACCCUGGAAAUGCAGAGGAUGACAAUGAUGGCUGGGAGACAGAGGACGAGAUGGAAGCGGAGGAAGAACAAGACCACAGCGAGCUCACCUUCUCCAAACACGCCGGCUCGGUGUUCUGUGUGAGUCUGGACCCUGCGACAAACAGCCUGGCUGUGACGGGGGGGGAGGACGAUAAGGCCUAUGUUUGGAGGGUGAGCGACGGAGAGGUUCUGUUGGAGUGCACCGGCCACAAAGACUCCGUGACGUGUGCCACCUUUAGCCACGACUCCGCUCUGGUGGCUUCUGGUGACAUGAGUGGGGUGAUUAAAGUCUGGAGAGUGGAAACCAAAGAGGAGAUCUGGUCCUUCGAAGUAGGAGAUCUGGAGUGGUUGGAGUGGCACCCUUGCGCUCCGGUGCUGCUGGCAGGAACCAACGACGGCAGCGUGUGGAUGUGGAAGAUCCCCUCAGGAGACUGCAGAACCUUCCAGAGCCCCGCCUGUCAGGCCACCAACGGCAAAGUCCUCCCUGACGGCAAGCGGGCAGUCGUUGGUUAUGAGGACGGAACGGUGCGGGUGUGGGACCUGAAGCAUGGGAACGCCAUCCACGUCGUUAAGGGCCAGGAUGGACACCAGGGGGCACUGACCUGCCUGGCGUGUAACAAAGACGGCUCUCUGGUGCUGACGGGGUCAGUGGACGGCUGCGCCAAGCUCAUCAACACCGUCACCGGCAAGGUGGUCGGAACGUUUUCCGUGGAGGGAGGCAAAGCAAAAGGGCAGAGGGAUGAGGAGGAAUCCAACUCCGUUGAGUCCGUGGGAUUCUGUAACAUCCUGCCGCUCAUAGCUGUGGCCUACUUGGACGGGACGCUGGCCAUAUAUGACCUCUCCACACAGGUGCUGAGACACAGGUGCCAGCAUGAGGCCGGCAUUGUUCACCUGCAGUGGGAGCCCUCUUCUUCGGUGGUGUUCACCUGCAGCUUAGACGGCGCUCUGCGUUUGUGGGACGCUCGCUCCGGGAACAUGGUGUCCGAGUACCAAGGCCACUCGGCGGAGAUCCUGGACUUUGCCGUCAACAGGGAAGCAACCCUCGCAGUGACGGCCUCCGGAGACAAUCGGGCAAAGGUCUUCUGCCUCCAACAACCUGACCGGUAG